AUGAUUACCGAUACCUACAUUAUCCGUCGAUUUCGUCAAGUGGAUGAGAACUUGGAACUCUCCUUACAACGGAUUUCCUUAGGUCCACAACCGGCAGGUGAAGUGAAGAAUAAUGAAACUUUGAGCCGUUUACAGCAGAACUUGCUUAAAAUAAAGGCUAUCGUUGAAAAAAUCAGCAAUUCUGUGCAAUCUUCUGUAUCAAAAGGGCCCGUCUCGAUCGACUAUGAUGUCAUUACCCAAGUUAUUAAAGAACUUCCAAUUCCUAUGAACGAUGACAUGAGUCAAAUGGAGACAAUUGUCACUAGAUUUAUCUCCCAAUAUGUGAUGUUAAUAUGUUACUACAGCUUAAGCAAUCAAUGUCUAUCCUUUCUUCCAGCAGCUUACGAUACACAGAGGUAUUAUCAAGAGGUCACCGAUUCCAGAAUGAAAUCCUUGCUUUACUCCAUACAGACAUCUCCGGCGAAACUGUUGAAUGUGGGAAGACAACUAUAUUUUAGACUGGGGAAGAUGAAUGAAUUGAAGCACACUGAUAACAUAUCGAUUGACAGAUUAAAAAAACUUGGAAGUGAGGUCUUCGACGAAUUGAGGCCUCAAUUCAAUAGAGUUCUGAUGGUGCGUAAUCUGCAGCUAGUUGGCUUGCCAAUCAAGUCAAGAAAAUGGGCUUCGAUUUUACUUGAAUUGCCCCGCGCUAUGAUUCGUGAUGACUUACACAGUAAGAACACUAAUGUCAGUGAGAUAACGAAUGAGUACACUACAAAGCUAGGAAGGCUGAUCAAUGAUUUCCAAAAGCAUCAAAAGCAGCGAGACGCAGAGGACGUAAGUAAGCUUAAUGCAUUGAAGAGAUUUUUAGAAUUACCUUCAGAGAGUACGUUAUAUGAUGUUGCCCAAUAUACCAAGGAUUUCCAGACCAAGGUAAGAACCAUAGUUGUCAAAAAACCUGGAAAAGUUACGAGAUAUUGGCCAAGUGCUUUGCUGCUGUUGACCUACGGACCUGCAUCUGUGAUUUACUUAUGGGAGUCUCGCCAUAGAGUUAUGCAGUUCUUGCAAGAAAAUGUCGUUGAUUUUGCGAAAGGUCUGCUCUACAACUGGGUUUAUAUCCCAUUGAAGCAUGUUUGGUCAACAGUAAGACAUGAUGAGGAUAGCUCCAUUGCGGUGAUGUCAAAGGGCACCUUAGAUUCUGAAAUGAACUCUUUAACUCGAAUGAUUGUCAGCUUUGUUAAUGAAAACAGCGGGACUCGAAUUGAUGAUAAUGUGCUGAUUCAACAGGUCGAGCAUGGUGAUUUGACUAGAUUCAUGGAAAUCUACGAGACUCAGUUGAAGCACCCUAUCAAGAACAUUGUCUCUGGUGAACUUGUCAGAUCAUUGUUAAUUCAAGUGCAAAAGACUAAAGUUGACGGUUCGCUAGCAUUAGAUGGAAUCGAUAAAAUGCUUCAAUCACAACAGCUUGUCUUUGGUGUGGUAGCCAUUUCGCCAGCGCUAUUAAUUAUUUACACUGCUACGGUCUGUCUUUUCAGAUUGAUUAAAGUCGGUAGUCUUUGGUCCAACAUCCAGCAAUACAAGGAUAGACUAAGUUACAGUCUGAACAAUUUGGAAAGAUUACUCAAUUACUCAGGCACACAACAAAAGGAUUCAAGCCAGCGAUACUUGAAUCAAGGUCUCAUGACGAUUGAGGUUUGCACUGUGGCCAAAUUAGGCAGCACGUUGGUCCCCAAGGCUCGACUAAGCGAAUGGCUCAGAGAUAUCGAAGAGAUUGCAGACUCUAAGCUCGAUGAGCAAGCAAAACUAAAGGUAGUAGACAGAAUAUACCAUGUCUAUGGUAAAUAUUUUUAA